AUGGCGUUUGAGGCGGCUGUAGUGGGGCUCCCUGGCAACUCGUACGCCUUCACCAACUGCGUAUACGUGCACCUGGAUGACUUCAUGUCGCUGGUCAAGCAGACGCCCCCGGGGGUCGUGACCAAGGAGGAUCUACGAGCUCACGGACUCAAUGUCUGGAUCAACCGCAAGUUCGUCAUGGCAGCCAAGCCCCACAAGGAAAUUCAGCCAGGAACUGUGGCCGUGGGAACUAUGCAGCGCAUGUGCGUAGGAUUGCCCCUCAAUCAGGCCUGCGAAGUCUCGGUCUACGCGCCCUCGAGCGCUGCCAAGGGCGUUCUGAGUACCGUCACCUUCGAGAUCCAGCAGGUUCUUACGCGUGCGCAGGGCAACGACAUGCGUGUGGUGGACUGCAGUUUGCUUAAGGAUGUCUUCGAGGCCGAGUACACGCACCAGGUUUUCGCCGUGGGGCAACUCAUGGCUGUCAGGUGCGACGGCCUCCCGCUGCGGCUGCAGUGCGUCAACAUCGACACAGUGGACGGGGACAAUGGCAGUCACGACUCCUACGCUCCACGUGUCGGCGCCUAUCUCCAAGGAGCCAUCAUCAACUUCACCAAGGGGAAGGACGCUCCCAUCCGCCUCACUAACCAGUCCAGCGGCAUGACACGCACCGUAUUCAAGCCAGAUUUCGACUUCAGCAAGCUCGGUAUCGGAGGUCUGGACAAGGAAUUCAACGACAUUUUCCGUCGUGCUUUUGCCUCUCGAUUGUUCCCGACCGACGUCAUCCAGAAGCUUGGCAUCCAGCACGUGCGCGGUAUGCUGCUAUUCGGACCGCCUGGUUGCGGUAAAACGCUCAUUGCACGUAAGAUCUCGCAGGCGCUGACUGCCAAGGAGCCCAAGGUGGUCAAUGGACCCGAAAUUCUCGACAAAUUCGUCGGAGAAUCCGAACGAAAGAUUCGUGAACUCUUUUCUGAUGCACGCAAAGACCAGGAAGAACUUGGAGACGAGAGCGACGUCCACAUUAUCAUUUUUGAUGAAAUUGAUGCCAUCUGUAAACAGCGUGGCUCAAGUCGCGAUGGCACAGGCGUGGGUGACAGCGUCGUGAACCAGCUAUUGACCCAGAUCGACGGUGUGGACAGCCUGAACAACGUCCUGGUGAUCGGUAUGACGAACCGAAAGGAUAUGCUUGAUGAAGCCUUGAUGCGUCCUGGUCGUCUCGAAGUGCAGAUCGAGAUCAAUUUACCUGAUGAAAAGGGUCGCGCUCAGAUUCUCAAGAUCCACACAGACCGCGCUCGUGAGAAAGGAGCGUUGCACCCGAAGGUUAUUGCAGACUUGGACAACUGCCUCGACCCGACCAAGUUCGUGAGUGACGAUCCGGACUACAACAACCUCGUUCAACGCACCAAGAACUUCUCCGGUGCAGAAAUUGAAGGUUUGGUGCGUGCUGCUACCGCUCACGCUCUCUCACGUGGUACCGAUGGUCGAACGAUGCACGCUAUCGCCAAUUUCAAUCCAGAAAUCUCCAUGGAGGACUUCGCUCUGGCAUUGCAGGAAGUGAAGCCCAAGUUUGGCGCUCCCAGUGAUCAGUUGGCGCUGUAUUACAAGAACGGACUGAUCCCGUACGGUAACUCGUUCACGGACGUGCGUGAGGCGCUAACUCGAGUGAUUGAGCAAGUCCGCUCGAACGACAAGACGCCGCUCAUGUCGGUGCUGCUGCACGGUGAGCGCGGAGCUGGUAAGACUGCGCUGGCGACGUACUGCGCUGUCGCUAGUGAGUUCCCAUUGGUGCGCAUGGUGAAGGCGUCGGAGCUCAUCUCGCGUGCCGAGAGUGGCAAGUGCUCGUACAUCUACAACGUGUUCGAGGAGGCCUAUCGAUCGCCUCUCAGUAUCAUCAUUCUGGACGAUAUCGAGCGACUCAUGGACUACGUUGGUCUGGGCCCUCGCUUCUCGAACCUGGUGCUGCAGGCGCUGAUGGUGCUAGUGCGCAACCCUGUGCCCGUGGCUGGCCGUAAGCUAGUGGUGAUCGGUGUCACAUCUAACAUCGCCGCCAUGCAGGCAGUAGAGCUCAGCGACGUGUUCGAUCUGUGCCUUGAGGUGCCGCAACUGACGCAGAAGGACGAGCUGGACGCCGUCCUGACGCACACGGGGCUGCCUGUGGCAGACGACCAGAAGGACGAGGUGCUGACGCUGCUGUCCGACCGCCCGAUAUCGGUCAAGAAGCUGCUGCUGGUGACGGAGAUGGCCAAGGAGGAGCUCAAUCGCACAGGCGAGAGCAACAUCACGGCUCACCAGCUCAUCGAGUGCGCCUACAAAUUCGUGUAG